AGCACGGCUGGCGGCGGAUCUGCUGUUAGAUAGUCUGAUCAACCACGUGGGUCAUCUCCCGUCUGUUAAUGGGCCUUCGUCCAUCUCGUCAUUAGUCACGGAGAAGUCACUGCUCAGAGAUCUGGCGGCCCUCAAUGGCAUGGAAUACAACGAGUCCAUAUUUGAGCAUCUGGCACAGCACAUGCGGUACUUUGUACUGGACGACGACCGUAUCGUUCUCUUCUGCGAUGUACCGGGCAGUCGAGCCAAGACAAUUAACGAGGAAUCGUCCACAGCCGCGGAUUCCAAUCCUUCUGUGUGGGUAUUAGUACGAGAGGUUGGUGGAAGGUUCUGCUUCAAGACGGCCAUACGAUAUGUCAGUGAUAACGAGACAAGUGCCGCGGGUCUUGGUGAGGAGAAUGGGUCGUUGAUGGCUGCGGGUACGGCUGUUGCCGUUCCACAAACAAACAACGCCAACAUCCUGUAG